AUGGAUUCUAAGACCAUAUGCCGGACCAAAGUCUGUGAUGUUCCCAACACCAUCAAAGUUCCCUCUGUUUGGUCGAUUAGUAGCAAGUUCAUGCCAACUAGGGAAUACCGCCAGAGUGAUUUCCUGAAAUUUUCACUACUUCCUGAUCCGGAAGAUGGUAACCAGGCAAAGGAAUGGGAAAGGUUUAUAGGCUACCUUCGCGAAAGUGCCAAGGCCGGCAUUGUUAAAUUCAGCUCUGGAACCUUCCACAUUCUUGCUCCUAAACCUCAUUCUUCCUCUCAUGUGGUGAUCUUGUAUGAGACUGGAAUAAAAGAGCCUGGAGUCUGCAAAAAUAUGGCAGGGAUAUCUGGGAUAUCCAACAAGAGUGGGGAGAUUUGUGACAACACAUCACAUCCUAUGGGGAUAAUUUCUUCACAAAAACACCAUAAUCAACAUGGAAUUUUGAACCCAGCAGUGACGAAGGGACCAUCUAUUGUUAAACGAAAUUUUGUCAGCACAAACCCUAAUUAUCUACGAACUCUUAGUCAGACACAUGCUGGCUGGAUCUUUGGAGCAAUAGCAGAGCUCAUUGAUAACUCCAGGGACGCUGGUGCAUCCAGGUUGGAUAUUUCCAUCCAAUCUAUGUUUUCAAAGCAAGCAGGGCAAAAAGUUCCUGUCUUAUGUGUUGUUGAUAAUGGCCAUGGAAUGACUUAUGCCCAAAUGAUGAGAAUGGUCUCAUUUGGUCACAAAGGACCAAAUGAACACUGCCAGGAUCAGAUUGGGAGGUUUGGAAUUGGAUUUAAGACUGGUGCUAUGGAACUUGGGAGAGAUGCAUUUGUGCUUACCCAAACUUCAACGUCCAGAUCAGUAUCCUUUCUAUCCCAAUCUUUUAAUGAAAAUAAAGAUAAUCUUGAGAUCCCUGUGAUGACAUAUUGCAAGAAAGAUCAAUACAUGGAAGUUGAUUUGGGUGUGCAGUCUGAAGCUACUGCAGAAUAUAACCUGAAUGCUAUCAAGAAAUUUUCCCCAUUUAAUGAGUAUUUCAUUGGAGAAAAGGUGGGCUUAUUUGGUGAAGAGGGUACUGGCACACAGGUUUACAUAUGGAAUUUGGAUAGAUGGGGUACAAAUUACACCUUAGAGUGGAACUCACAAAAAACUGAUGAAAGCCCUGACAGUCAUGGCAAUGGGGGCAUAUUAAUCCGUUCAAGAAGAGUCAGAUCACGUCCAGGACAAACAAACGGCAAUGUACCGUUGGAUUAUUCACUUAAAGCUUAUGUAGAAGUUAUGUUUCUGAAUCCUCAGAUGAAAAUUACUGUCCAAGGGUCUCCGUCUUACAAAAGAGUUGGAGCUCAAAAGCAUAAUGCUGACACGGGCCGUGGAAUAAUAGGAGUUGCAGAUAUUACAAAUCUCAUUGAUGAUAAAGAUGGUCAUACUUGGGUUCUUAACAGUAAACAGGGGUUUCAAGAUUGCGAGAUAUAUGCAGAACUGGAGGAGUGGCUUGGUAGAAAAACCGAUGAAUACUGGGAUGCAAAUUUUGACCCUCUUAAUUUGGUAAGGGAGUUUUGCUACAUGCCACCUUUCAAUGGGCACUGUGAUAUUCCAGAGCAACAAAUGGAAGUUGGUGUGAUCACAGUUGCUGAGAAGAGAUGCGGCCACAAUAAGGUAGCCCAGAGGGAGGUUGAGAGAUCCAGCCAAGAAGAAGACGUGAAGAAUGUCAGGUUAAUCCCACCAGCCGACAGCAAGGGAAACGGGAAGAGAUCUUCUUCAGGUUCCAUGAGCUUGGAAGGCACGAGUGACUACCCUGUUGUGAAGCUCCAUGUGGCCAUGUGGGGUCGUCGCACGAAUCUUCAGGCACCUUUGGUCAACGAAAUGGAGCUGCAGGCCACACCCUUCUGUUGCUUCUGA